CGGAGCGCCGGGCGCGGCCCCGCAGGUAACCCCUCUCGGCCCGCGGCGUGCGCGCCCGGCACACAUCGUGGGAUGUAGAACGAGCCACGGAAAGAUUGUGCCGAGCUUGGCCGAACGCCUGCGUGUCAGACCCGUGUGGCGCGCGGGUGGAUCGCAAUGCCAAGACUGAAGGGACAUGUUAUCCCGGGGAGCGUGACAAAUUCCUCUGUCAGUGCGGCAUAUUUCUGCUGCUACCACGAUAAGGCAACGCUCAGGCAGAAAGAGAAAUAAAAGUGUUUCUUAUUUCUGGCUGCAUGAAUGAUUGGGACUGGGAAAGGCAGCAUGGGAACUCCCUAGAUGGAAGGAAUGUAAAGACUUAUAGAACACAGAAAAGUUACGCAACCUUUGCUAAUACUUAUUAUUAACUCCUCACUGUAGCCUCCAGGCAUACACUAUUAGGAGAAAACUUGUCAAGUUUUGGAUAAGGUAGUCUAUAAUGGCUUUGCUUCUAACCUCAGGCUCUUUCUCAUGCACUGAACGGCUUUUUUUCCACCUGUGGCUCCUGUGGUGGCAACUACUAAGAUUGUUCCUGGUUCCCAACUAAAACACCAGCAGAACGACUUUCAGCAUGAACUCAUAACUGACAAAGAGGAAAGUCUGAAGGAUCCCUGUGCCCAAAAUAGCCAAAGAUAUUCUAUUUCAGCAGAAAACACUCAAUACAGGCAUGGAGGCUUCUGUUCAGCUGGACUGCAGGGUAAGCACCUCACCAGCCAGGCCUGUACUCUGUCAGCUACAUCAGUAGAUGGACAGAAAGAAGGAGUGGACCGUUCAUAUCCCCUGAAACCAAUUUCUCACCACAACAGUGUGAGUGUUCCAGUGGUCAGCACAGCACAGCUUGGAAGUUCCCCAUACCUGCAGGGAACUCCAAAUAGUAAAUCAAGCUCAGUGAGCAAAGGGAAGGCUCCAGCAGGGAAAUCUGCAGCACUCUGUCCUUGGACAGUAGAGCCCAAAACAUCAACCCCCCAUCUAUACAGGAGAGAGCUGGCCUACAUCCUAAAGUUGGAGACAGAUGGAAAGAACCUAGAAGAGGCAAUUCAAAAGAAAGAGGCCCUUCUUGAAGAGAAACUAAGGAGAACAAAGGAGACGCUUAGGAGGAUUCAAAGAGAGAAGGAGCUUAUCAAGGUGGAGCAGAGAAGAGACAGUGAAGCUGAGAGGACCCAUGAGCGAAAGGCUGCAAGGCACCCUGAAGAGAAAACUUUCAGAGUUGCAGUCAGGCCAGGUGGUGGGGUCCUUAGCGGGGCACAGUCUACAGAGGCCAUUAUCCCCAAGCCUGGCACCACCCACCACCCCCAAGAGCUGGCUGUGAGGAAACUCAGGAAGGAGCAGAUGGUGGUCAACAACAGCAAAAUGCAAGGCAGCAUACCCAUGGAGCAUUUAGCUUCUUAUUCAAAGCCAGCUCCAAAACAUAGCCCUUCUCCCUCUGCCCUAUCAGACCAAGAUUCUGGUGACCACUUGUCUGCAGAGGUGUUGUAUGUGCAGGCUGCCAGCGCUGUGGAGCAGGAGGGGCUUGGACAGUGCAGCUUCUGCAGUCGUAAGUUUCUCUGCCGCAGGCUUGAGAAACACAUGAGUACCUGUGGCAAGAACCAAGUCUCCAAGAGGAAAGUGUUUGACUCCAGCAAGGCCAGAGCUAGGGGAACAGAAAUGGAACAGUGUCAGCAGUGGAAAAGCUCAAGGAGUCCUCAGAGUGAGACACCACCCAGAAGGAACAACUGGAGACAGAAGCAUGAGGCUCUCAUCCAGAUCAUGUGCCAGGCCUGCCAGCUGCAGCAAGUCCUCACUAAGGGAGAGAAGGUGUCUGACCUGCCUCCAGUGCCUCCCACGGAAAACCCAGACUAUGUUGCCUGCACCUACUGUGGACGCCAGUUUGCUCCCCGAGCAGCUGAGAGACAUAUUCCCAAAUGCAAAUCCAUAAAGAAUAGGCCCCCACCCCCACCACAGAGAAGGCGCUGCUGAGGCAGUGCCCAACUGUACCUGCUGCUGUGAUUCCCUGCCUGUUUUUUGCCAGGUUUCCAGCUAUAGACACUUGUGCUUUCCCUAGUCUCGAGACUGGCUGCAAGCUUAUGUGUAUAGUUAGUGAACAGCUCAGGAUGUAUAAGCAGAAUAACAGAACUUGUGUACUUUGACCAGUGCCCUUGGGUUGCCCCUGUGGGAUGCCCUUUUCCUCAGCACAAGAACCUCAGGAUCAGACAUUCAAGGGUUCAGAAAAGCUAGCAGUAGCAAGCACUUACUGUUUGAGUCCAUAUGUCAAUUCAUGUGCAUAGAACAACGGAGAUACUCUGAACCAGCCAGGCCCUUGAGGCAACAGAAUAACCAUCACAGUCAAUAAUUAGAUUUAAUAUAAAAAAAAUAGGCCAAAUUGCUAGGAAACUCUAAAAAACAAAGCUUGCACCCUUUCUUGAAUUAUCUGCUUAUUUUCAUCUUGGUUGCUGCAGUGGUAGGGAAUUAAGACAAAAACAUAA